GUAAAUUAAUUCUCUCGUUCAUUCAAUAUCUAACAAGGUUCUAAAGAUCUCUCAUUGUAAGUACAAUUAACUUUUAUGUUAAAUGUAAUAUGUAAAUUUUUUUGUUAUAAAAUAUUCUAAAUCUUCUAAAUAUUAUUUCACACAAUUACAAUUUGAUUUAAUUGUUCGAAUAUGCAAUUUCUGUGAAAUUUUAAUUACAUGUUUUGAUUAUAUGAUUCGUGCUCGAUAAGUCACGAGUAAAAACGUUUUCGUACCUUUUCGUCUUACAAUAUCGGUCUUAUCUUAUAUUAUUUUUUGCAGAAUUCUUAAGGUUUUGAUUGCGUGUCAGUUCAAUAUUGUAUCAAAAGAGAUUUAUAAGCAUAAUUGUAUUGUUGUUAUAUUUAUUGUAUAAUAAAUUAUAACAAAGAAAAUAUUUCAUAAAUAUACUCAUUAGAAAAAUUAUGGCUACUUGGGAUGGUUCUUACUCAGGACCAGAUGAUCAAAAUUGUUACGUUUAUCCCGAUCAAAAUGUUUCUGGAACUACAACAAGAAACUGGACAUUAUUUCCUAAUAAUAUAAAUAAUGAUUAUUUACAACCUAAUCACGAGUUUUAUGUACAAAAUGAACCUAUAUUUGAACAAAAUAAUCCAAAUACUUUCUAUCAAUCAAAUACAAAUGUCGUGUCAAAUUUAUUGACCACAACCACUUAUCAUGAUCAUGUAACAAAUUCUAUAGGUAAUACAGAAGUAUUAAAUAAUCAAGAAUAUUUUCCAAAUGUUGAUUCUCAGCAAUGUUAUAUAUAUGAAAACAAUUGGAAUUCUGAUUAUGAUUUAUUAAAGAAUAAGAUAAAACAUGAUUCUAUAAAAAGAAUUAAAAAGACUUCAAGUAAUAUAACAAAUCAUUCAAAAUUACAUGUUAUGGCACAAGAAUUUGUACCAAAUAAUAAAGAAGAUGAUGAUAGAAAGAAAAAUAAUGAAUUAUUAAAUACAAAGUUUAUUAAUGAUUCAGAUGUUUGUGUUAAAGAAAGUAACAAAAAAUCAAAUAAAUAUUUCUUUUGUAAUGCAAAUAGACAUGAAAAAAAAUAUAAUAACAAAAGAAAUUCUAAUUAUAAACCUAAAGAAGGACAACAAGAUCAAUGUUAUAAAAGAAAUACAAAUACAAAUUCAUAUCCACAACAAGUGAAGACACCUUAUAAAUUUUUAGGUAAUAAAUACUUUACUAACAAAUAUUAUUCAGGAAAAUCUCAAAUAAAUUCAAAAUAUGUAAAUGAAGAUGCAUCAGAAAAACGUACAAUGAAUAACAAUGAUGCUUGUAAUAGUAAAAAAGAUUCUAUUACAAAUUUAAGUAAAAGAGAAAGAGAAUCAUCUUUAAAUAUGAAUAUAAAUAAAAAUAAAAAUUUAUCAAAUGAGGACAAUGAUGAAAGAUCUAUUAUUGCUGAUAAUAUACAGUCUAAUGAUAUAUCACAAUCUAAUAAUCUAAUUAAGGAAUUAACUUACUAUAAUUCUGGUUUAAAACAAACUUAUAAUAAUCAUAAAAGUAUAAGAAAAUAUAAUGAUAGAUAUAAUAGAGAGGAAAAUUAUAAAGAAAAGCAAUUUCAAUAUCAAGGAUAUAAUAGAGAAAAUUACUAUAAGGAAGAUAAAUUUAAAGUAAGAAGCCAAAUAUGUAACAAUGGAGAAUAUAAUGAAUAUAAAGAAAAUUUUAGUGAGGAAACUGGAUUAGAAACAAAGGAAGUAAAAGAAAAAAGACAUAAUUACCAAGGAUAUAGCGGAUUUAAAGAACAUAAUAAAGAAAGUAAAAUGGAAAUUUUUAAAGAAAAAGAUAAAAAUAAACAUUAUGUAUUUGGAAAUAAAGAAAAAGGAAAUGAACAUUGGCGAAAUAAAAGAGAAAUUAGCGAAAGAAAUAAUAUCCAAAAACGAGGACAAAAUAAAAAGUCACCAAUUGAUGAUGAUGCAAGUCAAAGAGAAAGAUUAACAGAGCAGUUGAAUAGAGGGCAAUUGGAAUGUUUAGUAUGUUGUGAAUAUAUUAAACAAAAUGAUUAUAUUUGGUCAUGUUCUAAUUGCUAUCAUGUUCUACACUUAAAAUGUAUUAAAAAAUGGGCAAAAUCAUCGCAAGCUGAAAAUGGAUGGAGAUGCCCAGCAUGUCAAAAUGUUAAUUUAAUAAUUCCUGAAGAUUACUUUUGUUUUUGUGGUAAAACAAAAGCACCUGAAUGGAAUCGUAGAGAUGUUGCACAUUCCUGUGGUGAAAUUUGUGGUAGAAUGUUGUCAAAAAAUAAUUGUCCUCAUAAAUGCACUCUUUUAUGUCAUCCAGGAUCUUGUCCACAAUGCACUGCAAUGGUAGCAAAAUAUUGUGGCUGUGGUAAAACUUUACAAACAGUGCAAUGUAGUGUUCAUAAAUUAUUAUUGUGUGAUUCCAUAUGUGAUAAGAAUUUAAAUUGUGGUAGACAUAAAUGCCAAAAGAAAUGUCAUCAUGGAGAAUGUGCAAAUUGUGAAGAAACAAUAACACAAAAAUGUUUUUGUGGUAAAAAUACAAGAGAAAUAACUUGUCAAAGUAAUAUUUCACUUACAUAUUCUUGUGAAACAGUUUGUGGUAAAUUAUUAGAAUGCGGCAAUCAUACUUGUACAAAAUUAUGUCAUGCAGAUGCUUGUGAAUCUUGUUCUUUAAUUCCUGAGAAAAUUACAACUUGCUGUUGUGGACAAACACCAUUAACAGAUAAAAGACAAAGUUGUUUAGAUCCAAUUCCUAUAUGUGAAAAAAUAUGUUCGAAAAAUUUAAAAUGUGGACAACCUAAUAACCCUCAUAAGUGUAAAGCAAGAUGUCAUGAAGGAGAUUGUCCUGUUUGUGAUUUAUCUACAGACGUUAAAUGCCGUUGCGGAAAUAUGGAUAGAGAAAUAGCUUGUAAAGAUUUAAUAUCAAAAGCUGAUGAUGCAAGAUGUGAAAAAAAAUGUAUAAAGAAAAGAUCUUGUGGCAAGCACAAAUGUAAUCAAUUAUGUUGUAUAGAAAUAGAACAUAUUUGUCCAUUAAUUUGUUCUAAAACUUUAAGUUGUGGUAGACAUAAAUGUGAACAAAGAUGUCAUAAAGGAAGAUGUCAACCUUGCUGGCGUAGUAGUUUUGAUGAAUUAUAUUGUGAAUGUGGAUCUUCAGUGAUAUAUCCUCCUGUUCCAUGUGGAACACGAAGACCUGUAUGUGAUAAACCUUGUUCUCGUCAGCAUUCUUGUGGGCAUGAAGUGUUGCAUAAUUGUCAUAGUGAAAUAACUUGCCCACCUUGUACUGUCCUCACUCAAAGAUGGUGUCAUGGUAAACAUGAAUUACGAAAAGCUGUGCCAUGUCAUGUUAAUGAAAUUUCAUGUGGUUUAUCAUGUAAUAAACCCAUAUCUUGUGGUCGACAUAAAUGUAUUACUAUUUGUCAUCCUGGACCAUGUGAAAAACCAGGACAACAGUGUUCUCAGCCUUGCACUACUUUAAGAGAAAUGUGUGGACAUAUUUGUGCUGCUCCAUGUCAUGAGGGUAAAUGUCCAGAUACACCUUGUAAGGAAAUGGUUAAGGUGACAUGUCAAUGUGGACAUAGAACUAUGUUUCGUGUUUGUGCCGAAAAUUCUAAAGAAUAUCAAAGAAUAGCAAGUAGUAUAUUAGCUAGCAAAAUGGCUGAUAUGCAACUAGGUCAUUCUAUUAAUUUAGAAGAAGUAUUUGGUCAAGGAGUAAAAAAACAAAAUCAAUUAAAAACUUUAGAAUGUAAUGAUGAAUGUAAAAUAAUAGAACGGAAUAGAAGAUUGGCAUUAGGUUUACAAAUUAUAAAUCCAGAUUUAAGUGGAAAAUUAAUGCCUAGAUAUAGUGAUUUUAUGAAACAAUGGGCUAAGAAAGAUCCACAUUUUUGUCAAAUGGUUCAUGAAAAAUUAACAGAGUUGGUUCAGUUAGCAAAGAUUUCUAAACAAAAAUCACGCAGUUAUUCUUUUGACAGCAUGAAUAAAGAUAAACGUCAUUUCAUUCACGAGUCUUGUGAACAUUUUGGUUGUGAAAGUCAGGCAUAUGAUCAGGAGCCAAAAAGAAAUGUUGUUGCAACUGCUGUAAAAGAUAAAUGUUGGUUACCUAGCUAUAGUUUAUUAGAAAUUGUACAACGAGAAAAUGGUCAAAGAAAAGUUCCAGGUCCAAUGUUAAAUACUACAAAAACUGAUGGAUCUGUGAAGACAAUAUUAUCACUGCCUGCAAAAAAAACUCAAAAACCAGAUACACCAUCAAGCAUAAAAACAUCAGAGCCAGAAAUAGAUUAUUUUGAUUAUCAAGGUUAAGAUUACUAUCUCUGUAUUGUGUAAAAUGAAAAGUUGAUUAUAUAUAUAAAUUAAUUAUUGUAAUAAUUUUAUAAUGAUACUAUGAAUAUAAUUUUAUUGCUAUCAAAAAUUGUAUAAUAAGGAUUUAUUUAAAAUUUAAGGAAAAGGAUUUUUGAUGAAAAUUAUUGUUAUAUUUGAUUUGAAUAUUAUUAAUUAAAAAGAAAUAUAUAUAACUCAAAUAAUUUUAUUGAAAUCUUUUUAUUUUUUUUUUUUAUUCUAAUUUUUCAUUUUUGUAGAUCAUUUAAAUUUUAAUAAAGAUACAAUUUCAUUUUAUCUAAAUACAUAUAUAAUAUUUAUUACAUUUCAUAAAAUUUUCAGAGAAAUAGUUUAUAAAGAAGUAAUCUCUACAUUUUAUUUAAAUUAUCUUAAAUUUUUAUUAUUAUGCAAUUAUUCAUUUAAUUUUGUAUGACAAUUUUUCAUCUAAUAAUCUGACAUUCAUUGAUAAAAAUAGUAGUUUAUUGUAUAUUAUCAUCUCAAACAGUAUUCAUCAAUUCAAUUAAAAUAUUAUUUGUUAUUGUACGUACAUUGAAGUGUAUAUAAAUAUUAAUUUAUAUGAAUAAUUUUAAAAGAUUAAUUUAUAUAAAUUAAUCUUUGUAAACAUUUUAUAUUGAUAACAUAAGUAUUUGGCACAUUAAACAUUUACCUAUGUUUUUCCUAAACAAAUAGUGAGACAUUUCAUGCUUGUGUAAGUAUAAUUAUUUAUAUUAUAUUUUAUGCAUUUUUUUCAUGAUAAUGUGUUAUUAAUAAUUUGAAUAUAUUUAAUUCUUCAAAUCUAAAUUUUAAUAAUGUAAAUAACAUUAAAAAAAUAAUCAUUUUAAUAUAUGAUGAAAAUCUUCUGACGUAAUAUAUUUCACAUAUUAAAAUUUCAUAUGUAUAAAUUACACACAUUCUCUCUUUUUCUGUUUCUCACAUAUAUCAGUAUACAAAAUAUACAGUAUACAAAAGUACUAUUUUUAUUAAAAUGAUGAAAUUAUAUCAUUUUGAUAAAUAAUAUUUUACAGUAAUUGAUAUUAUUAUAUAAGAAUAUAAAAAUAUGUUAAUAUAAAAUAUUUAUAAUUUUAAUAUAAAAGUAAUGAAUAAUUUUCCAACAAUUGUCAGAUCAUAAAAAAAACUUAAAACUUAUUCUUAUACAUAAGAAUUUAUGAAAAAUUAAAUAACAAAUAACAUUUAUACAAACUAGUAAUGAAAUCCAGUCUCUUAUCUCAUAAGGUAGUAGUUUGUUAUAUUGUAACUUGACACUUACAUAAGCGUAAAAUGGCCUCCUAUUCUAGACACAAAUUGUAUAUCACAUGUAGGAUCACAACACUGUUACAAUUUGUAUUUGUAGAGAGAUUAAUUACAUAUCAAUUAUAAAGAUUUUUUGAACAUUUAGUAGUAGGGCACUUCAAAGUUGAAUUGAUAUUAUUGUUUAUCAAUUGGUGCAGUAGACAUAGAGUAAAAAUUUUUUACUUAUGAGUGGUUUAUCUACUAUUACAAUACUUUUUUAUAUACAGAUUUUAGGUUUUUAUUUUUUUAGGAAAGUUUAAUUCUUUUGUAAAGAUUCAUUAUUCUAUUUUGAUAUAAAACAUUUUAUCUUUGUUUUAAAAAAGAAGAAAUUAAAAUUAUUAUCAAAAUAAUUAAAAAAUUUAAAAAUAUUUAAAAAUUAAUUUAAUUUAAAAAAUAGAAACAUUUUUUAAUCAAUAAAAUAUAUUCUUUAGAAGAAUAUUUUCUGUAAAAUUUGUAAAAUUUUUUUAAAAAUUUACUUUUAUAUAUAAUUUUUGUUAGAACACGUAUUUAUUCAGUUUAAAAUAGUAUAUUGAUCUAUUGCUAUAUUCAUUUAAAUGAU